CACUCUCUUUCACUCUAACGGUGCAGCGCCGCCUUCGCCUUUACCCUUACCGCGCCACGCCCUUCGACUCUUCUUCCUCUCUCUCAUUCUCUCGCUCAUCACAAAACCCUUCUUUCUCCUCAUUCACUCUCGAGAAUUACUCUCUCUCCCUUUUCCCUUAUUCGUCAGAAAACCGUUCCUUUCCCAUCGUUCACUCCCAGUUGGUUGUUGACAACUGUGACAAAUCAUGGAGAAGCCUGAAAACCAUUUCAAUAAUGAAAAUAACAGGGAAAGAGAAACAUCUCAUCUUGCUGCAUUGUUGAAAGAAAUGAAAGAAGGACUUGAUACUGUUAGGCAUAAAAUUCAAACUUUAACUGCCAAGGUGAAAAUUCAAAAUUCUACAGCCGAUGGGUUCAGCUAUCUUGAAGCUAAAAAUUUGCUGCUUUUGAAUUAUUGUCAAUCCCUUGUUUAUUAUUUGUUGCAAAAGGCUAAGGGAUAUUCGAUAGAAGAACAUCCUGUUGUUCGAAGUAUUGUAGAGAUAAGAUUAUUUUUAGAGAAGAUUCGACCAAUCGACAAAAAACAACAAUACCAAAUCCAAAAACUAAUUAAAGUUAGUGAAAAUACAACAAAUAAUACCAUUGAGAAGGAGCCGGUUGCAUCCAAUAAGAGUGAGGAUGUAUCAAAGUAUCGUCCAAAUCCUGACAUGCUUGUUAGCAAAGUAGAACCAACAGCUCAUGAUGGUGAUGGUGUUUAUCAUGGUCCUAGAUUUGCCCCAACAUCUAUGGAUCUAGAUAAGCCUUCUAAGGGAGAAAGAAAUGCCAGCCGAAGAGACAGGGAACUUCUGAAACAAGCUCAGAACAGUGAUUAUAUCAAGACAUUAGUGAAUGAUAUGGAGGAAAGACCUGAAGAGAUAAAAGAUUUUGAGGGAACCAGCAGAGAAGUGGACAAUUAUAUUAGAAAAAUGGAGAAGCUUGCUAAAGUGGAGGAGGAUGAGUUCAUGCGCAUUCCUCGUACAAAACAAGAAAGGAAGAAAGAGAAGUACUUGAAGAAAGCGAAAAAUGGGAUGCAAGGUCUAACUGAUAGUUUAUUUGAUGAAAUCAAAGGAUUACCCUUUGAAGAUAAUACUGGGGAUCAUGCAAUGGGCUAUAAAAAUGGCAGCAGAAAAAAUGGGAAGCUGAAGAAGCGAAAGAGGAAACAUUGAAGAAAAUUUGUGUUUCGACCUACAGCAUUGUACUGCUAUUUCGAAAUUACUGCAUGCCGUUGGAGGAAGUAAUACAAGGGAGUAUUAGAGCCACAAAGUUAGAUUUGGUUGGUUCUCUUCAAGUCCUAGACGUGAGGUGUGAAAUUUUGUUGUUGUUAUUAUUAUUAUUAUUAUUAUUAUUAUUAUACGCUAGGGUGUACUUAGUUUAUAGAGAAUCUGGAUUUUAGAUUUUAGAAAAACUGAAAUUGAAAUGAUUGUUUAUUAGCUAUUAUCUUACUGCACCCAAUUGUGUUAAUUGUGACACAUGGAUUCUUUUUAUUCAAUUGCAUAUAUUUAGGUUGUUUGAAGCAUAUUAAACGUCA